UCACACAACGCCAGCGCCAAGUGUAGAAAGAAUAUAUUUUUCUUGGGCCAACUUAAAAUUUCAAUUCAGUUCGACGAAUUUUCUCAAUUUGAGUUGUGGUGUGUUUUGCGAAGACGGAUUCUCGGUGCGUUCGGCUAAAGAAAUUGAGAGAAAUUACAAAAAUUAUUCAAUUUUUUAUUCAGAAAGAAAAAAAUUCCAUACAAUCUUCAUUCAAUGUGAUUGAUUGCAAAACAAGAUUAUUAUUUGUUUAUAAUAAAUUCACAUUGCACUCGUUUCGGGGGGUGUGUGUGUGUGUUGGUUGGUGUUUUAUUAUGUAUUUUGUGUGAAUUUUUUUUACACAAGAAGAAGAGUAGUGUUUCUCAAUAUAAUGUGAGUAUUAUAAUAUCCUAAAAUAUCGUACUAGAAAAAAAAAGAGGAUCAACCAAAUAGUCUCUUGGAAUUCACAACUCCUCGUCCUCGUUCUCAUCUCCUCCGCACAGUUGUUAGAGGAGUCAUCCAUCAUAAUGGCUUCUUUACUUUACGGACCGGGAUAAAGUUAAGAAAUAAAAUUGCUCUUCUAAUUUUAUAACAAAAAAUAAAAUAUAAGAAUCUACAUUUUUUGCUCUGUGUGAAAAGUGCUAAACAUAUAGAAAAAGGGAUUUCUUUUUGCAAGUAAAAGAAUAAAAUUCCUAAAGUGAUAACCAUCAUAAUACACAGUGUUAGGGUGUUUCAAUCCCAAGCAAAAGCCAUCUGGGAAAUCAAGGGAAAAUUCAGUCCUACUUGCAUCUUCUCUCUGUACACCUUUUCUACCUGUCUUCCUACUUAUACCUUUCUCCAAAAAAAAGGGCUGACGAGGACGAAGAAAACAACUAACAACCACAACGACGACGUUGUCGUUGUAGAAAAAAAAGUGAAGAUACAUAUUAGAGAAGAAAAGCAAGAAAGAAUAGGAUUUUUUUCCUUUUAGUUUUGUUUAAGAAACAAGUUAAAAGGAUAUUUAUCACAAACGACUCUCAAGAUGAAGGAUUUAUUUUGGAUACCACUGUUUGCUUUGCUGUUAAAUUUGGACCGAUGUCGAUCUGUCGAGGUUCAUUUUGAAGCAGCCGACAGUGGAUUUUUUCUAAAGCAUUCCCCACGACAACCACCAGUUAGUCCUGAGAUAUCAAAUGUUCAAUCUUCUGCGCGACCACGAGUUACCCAAGACUCGGUGCUGUCCAUCGAUCGGUUCACAGUCGUGCAGACGACCCAGCCUGUUUCAAUUAGAGCAAGCUACGGACCAUUUUCAACAAAACAGACGGUGCCUGCUCGUUACAUUGUUCCGGAUGCCGUAGAAACUCAAGGAGAUCAUUUAAACAAUACCACUGUCGCACUCAUGGAAUUGCAACAGACCAAUUUACAUCUGGAUAUAUCGGCGCAUUUGGUGCGCACGACAAUACCUCGUGACUCGCCCGUUCUAAGGGUGCUCUUUCAUGCUGGCGCCGAUCCAGGUGGCCAUUUGCAGAGGCAAAAGAUAUGCGUUUUGUUGCAUGUCUCAAUGGGAUCCCGAACGCCAUUGAAAGGUCGUUGUAUGCCUGAAGGAGAGGACGGCGUAUGCGUGGCUGAGGUUGUUAUACCGUCUAGCUGGUGGCCAGCUCUACCGCCACCAGAUAAAACCUCUCGUGGCAGUACCCCACCAAAGGUACCACAACGUUUGGUGCAGGUUUCGUAUAGUGUCUUUGAGCCACCAUCACGCAACCCAGAGCAGUGCGAACCAAAAGUUCAAAUUCAACCAUUAACUUCGUUUGCUCAAAUACCUCUGAUCGCAGCACAAUCUCCAUACAAAGAUCUUAGAGCUGAUGAUUCCUUAACCAUACUUCUGCCGCAACGACCCCUUUAUCCAAUGUCGAAAAUUCAUGUUCCGGUCUUUUUGCAUCAGCAAGUCGAACAGAAUAUUGCAGUUUUUAUUGUUAGGGCUCGUGUUAAGGCUGGAAUGCGAAUACUUGGAGCUACUACCUCAUCAGAUGAAUGGAAUGUUUCUGUGGAAAAGGAAAAUCCAAAGCAUACUGUUGCCCGAGUGACGGCAUUUAGAAAAGAUCAAGAUCCAGAUAGUACGGGAAAAGAUGCCGAAAGUGAAAACAGCACUAGAGUGUUUGAAGUGUUCUCUUGGUUAUUAGAAGUCGCAAAUGACACAAAAGAGAACUGGGAUGGUGGAAAAAUUGUUUGGUCAGUUAGCUAUGUAUACGAUAGUCCAAAACUGAAGGAUGCUUCACCGGAGAGCACAGGUGCUACUCCCGAAGAAACACGAAAGAAACUUAUUGCUAAGUUGGAAAUCAACAAAGAUGAUAUUCAAGCUGUUUUGCCAAUAUCAAAGAACUGGGAACUUAUGAACACUGCAGUGCUCACAGGUCGUCAAGUUGCUCAAGCUAUGAAAGUUUUCAUUGUGUCACAAGCUGGAAAAGUAGCAGAUGUUACAUUGCAGAGUUCUUGUCAUGCCGAAGACGAAAGUGUUAUUAAAGUAUCAUCAUCUUGCAGUUCAGUUUAUGUAGAUGGUUCUGAGAUACGUGGUUCAUCGAAUGCAUCAAUUAUCGUCAAAUACGGCACAUACAUUGGUCUGGCAAAGUUUAUCGUUUGGAUGCCCGAAUUCCCAUUGGAAGUGUAUGUUUCCGAUUUUAGACUAUCUCAAAUCAAAGGAUGGAAAGUACCUGAUGAGCAUCAUUACACAUCCAAUUGUAGACACGGCAAACAAACUAGACGUCGCAAGAAACGCUCUUACGUCUGGAGCCAACAUGGAGAUGAUUUUAUGAAUGUGUUGGGUUCCGAUAAGGCCGUUUGUAGAGCAAGAUACCAACAAAGUCCCGUAGAAGUCUAUGCUAGGUUUUUAGCAACAGAUCAGAAUUCUGGUCGUAUAAGUUAUCUGAUAUCACGCAGAACUGGACUGAGGGUAACCGAUUUAGUGCAACCCCUGCUGAGAGUAGCAGAUCCAAAGAUAGCAAGCUUAAAAGGUCGAGUACUUCAGGGUAAAUCGAUGGGACGGACUGAUGUGCAGGUCCUUUCGCCGAUAAAUGGAAGAGUAAUUGGUGCUAAGGAGAUUCGAGUGGGCAGCGAUAAAGUCAGUUUAACAAGAUUAAUUGUACGUGUGGUGUCUGGACUUCAACUGACCAUCAAUCCCGAUAGUACAAUCGAAAAUGGUUACAUUGCUGAGACAUCUGUCACACGUCGACUUACAGCUCAGUAUCAAGAAGGUCUAUUAGAUAUUGAUUUGGAAUUUUCAGAUGGCGCCAGAACCCCAUUGAGGGAUAUCUCUGUGGAUGAUUAUUUCCUAUUGGUGGAAAGUUUGGAUACUGAAGUGGUAGCAUUUGCCCCUAUGUUGGCAUCACAUCAUCCACGUGUGAUUGCCGUUGGAGAAGGCAAUGGUGAUCUGUUGCGAGUCACCCUUUUAUUGUCUGAAGAUUGUAGGGUUCGACGAAGUAUGCCAUUGGCAAAACCAUCAAAAUCAAAUCCUGGACCACUUGCAACUGCCCUAGCUUCAGUUCAAGUAGAUUUUAAUACAGGAGAAAGUGUUAGCAAACCAGAUACAGUGCAAAAUGAUGGAAUUAUGAGAGGAGAGAGAAAGAGCUUCCGCGAUAGUGGUGAUUUAGCUGAUAUUAUUGUAGGUAUUCCAUUAAAAGAUGCCAGUCAUCAUUAUGAACCCACAGUUCAGGCUAGACAACACCGCGGUAGUAUUAAUACCAUUGGUGGUCUAAGACAUAAACCAGGACCACAUGGCGAUAUGACGUCAAUGGAAAUUGGAAUGUAUGUCCUGUUGACGGCUUUCUGCUUUGCUAUUAUUGUAUUUGUCAUAUCGUGUGUGGUGUAUGCUUCAAAAUUCCGACCACUUACCAUCGAGUCGGGACUGGAGAGUUUACCAAAAGAUACAUUCACUGAAGGUGGCUUGCUAAUGAGAGACUCACGUCGUCCACGAGAAUCAACAACAAAUGCACAUGAUUGGGUAUGGUUAGGACGAUCUACAAUGGAUAGAUCAUCAUUAGCUCAAGAUUCAGUUAAUGGAAAUAUUUUUGAAAAUCCAAGAGACUCUAGAAUACGUAUCACAAGCAAUCCUAUCCUUAAUUAUUCAGAUCCUAACGAUGCAGUUAAUAGCAUAUCAACAUUUGACAAUCGCACAAGUGCCCCAGAUUCAAGCAUCAGCACAGACAUCGUUAAUUCAGCUACUUACACUAAAAAUGAUAGAAGACCCACUAUUUCACAUAGCGACGAUAGUGUUCCCCCACCUUUACCACCACAUGCGAGACUUAAUGAUCGAAAAAAUGAAUACAGACCACCGGUGCCCCCACAUCGUAACAUUGGUGUUACAGCUCUCGUAACUAGCAACAGUGAAAAUGAAACUGGAACAGAGAAGGAAUCUGCUAUAAAUGCUAUACCCGUUGUCCAAAAGCGCCAUCAUCAUAAACAUCAUCGGAAUCCAAAUCAUGCUCACAAUCGACGCUCCCAAGUACAUGGCAAUAUCGAUCUUAUUCGCUGCUAUGAUCGGCCACCAGAUCAUCAUUUAAACUUCACUCAUGAACAAUUGAAUUUGGCUCUUAAAAAUCAUGUUGCACAGCAACAAUUAGAUGAUUCCUCACCGGAGGAUCCAUUAACACCAAAGAAAAUUGGUCCUCUGACCGAAGAGGAUGAUGAAAAGGAAAGAAAUGAACUGCACAUGGCUGAGAGACUUGUAGAGAAUGCUGCCCAACAGCAAAAAAAUGCAUUUCAAUUUGAUUCACUAACACCAAAGCGAGAUAUAGGAGCGCAUAGAGCUAGUUCAUAUGUUAAUAAAUCAGCGAAUGCACAAUCAUCGUCAGAGGAAGAACUACAACUGAAUGCCUUGAAAAUUGAUGAAAAUCCUGAAGUUAAGCGACGGCACAGAAAACAAUCAACAUCUUUCGUUCCAUCAUCAUCAUUGCCAGACACGAGCACAAUUAAUUCCAGUUCUGAUGACAAUGGUGGCUUCAUUACGCCGCCCAAAGACGAUGGCAAAUCAAGAAGAAAUCAAGUCAAACGUGCCACAGUGGUCGGCAAUCCAAUGUUCUCAACAACAGUCGACGGUGACAUUGGUCCAGGCGAGAGCCUAGGACUCGAUGACCUCGACAUGGACUACGAACAAAUCAUGCACUACUUUGAUAAUCUAAAGGAAUCAAAUGCCUGAGUGCAAGAGAUCAUUGCAAAGAUCCGCGAAAUACUAUCGACGUUUCAGCAGCAAUACCGAAGUGUUGCUCUGCCACCACCAACGGCUUGUCCAGAAAUUAAUGUUGAUGACCCGAAUUUUGAGUAUUUUUUCGAGCAGUUGAGUGAGUCAUACGCUUAAAAACCGAAUGAUUAGAACCAAAAUGCAUUUUCUUCUACGCCGCCUACAACAAAACAAACACAAAAAAACGAAAAAAAUAAGCCAUCAAAAUAUUGUAAUCGUGUGUGCAUACGAAAAAUGAAAAGUUGAUUUUAUAAUAAUUACAAGUUAAAGCAAACAACAAAAAAUAUAAGCUGACAAACUAGAAUGGUAAUCAUCUGAGCGCUUUAGUCAGUCAAUUACAAUAAAUAGAUAUCUUAUUUUUACACCUACUCAAUACAUUAUGAGCAAAACAAAAAUGAAACUAACAAGUGUAUAAAACCGCUUUGGCAGAACAAUCUUUUGAAGAAAAAAUAAAUAAAAAACACCAAAACAAUAAUUGGAACAACAAUAACAUCUGGAUAACGCGACUUUGCAGUGAUCGUAUAUCAUAACAAUAAUAUAUAAAAAAUAUAUGACAUCAAAAUGAAACCAACAAUUGAUAAAAAAAAAACAACAACAACAAAAUCAUUCAUAUCAAUCAUUCAUUAGGAAAUCAUUUUUAUUAAUUACAUACCUCAUCGGAAGAAGAAUCAAUCAUAUAACUUUAUCUAUUACACCUCUUUCAUGAUAUUUAUUGUUAACGUAUUUUUAUAUUAAUCCACUUCCCUUUUUACAAGACAACAGCAUUACUUGAGAAACUGACAUUCGGAAUACUUUUGUAUUGCAAUUAUAGGCUCUGAUACUUAAUUAGCUAAAUUUCCACAAGAUUUUCAGUAAGAUUGUGGUCAACCACAAGAGAAACGUUUGGAAGUUCUUUCUCGUCAAGAUGAAUCAAAAGCGAUUAUAUUCUGAUCUAGUCUACAUACCUAGAUCAGUUUGAAGCUUAGAUAUGGCAUUUCUAUAAGAGUCGUUUCAUGCCUGUAAUAACUUACUUUUUUUGUAAGCAUCAGUCACAUCAAGCAGAGUUCAAGAUCAUUCACAUUUUCAUCAUGAUGUGUUGGAAAGUACGAUAUUUUUGAGGUUCGUACCCAUUUAGAUUGGGGUCAUUUGACCUUUUGAUGAACCAUUUUCACUCUCGAAUACGUUUGAACUUUUUAUUCACUUCAUGCAAAAAGAUGCAUUAUUAAAAAUAUAUAAGGUUCGUUGCUACACAUUUCUACUUGAAAUCAACAAAAGAGACACCCUUUCUACUUGGCUUAGAAAAUGCAUACAUCGGCCUCGAGCUCGUUUUUUAUUAAUUUACCCCUUUAGAAAAACCAAGAGUUCUUGCAUACUUGCUUUUCGAAAAAUUUUUUCAAGUGUAUAAACUAGCAAAACAAAAAUGAUUCCCAAUUGUCUGUUUCUCCCUAAGUGCUGUUCAUUGUUAUUAAAUUUAUACAUAUAACGAUUCACUACAAAUUCUAAAACACCAUUUAAAAUUCUUAUUUUACUUAAAUAUUAUUUUAAAUUUAUUGUGCUUAAAAAUAAUUGAAUGCCUUCAAUUUUGAAAAAUCUUGAAGAAAUAUCUCUGUAUUGUAGUCGAAUGCAGACUUAAUUAAUAUUUGUUUAGUAAUCAUACAAGUGCUGCAUUUCUUUUGAGGGUAUAGCCAUUUAUUUCAAAAAAGAAACUUCAUCAAAUUGCUGGUUCAAUAUUAAAAUUUUUUUUAUAAAUCGGAAAAUAAAUCGCUUACCCUAUUCCGUCCAUUUUAUUAGUAAAAACAAAAAUCAAAAAAAUAUCUUUGCUUAGUGCUAAAUAAUUGAAUUAUUAACUAGUACAAGUGUUUACUUCCUUAAUUUUUUUUUUGAAUAUCAAAAUAUCCCAUCAUUAUGUAAAUGCAGUAUUUUAUUAAAACAAAUUUAUAAGUAAAUUUCAAUUCAAUUUCUACCAAACGCACAACCUUUUUUGUAAAUACCUUCCACUCUCUUACUACCUAACACACACAUACACUACCACUACUUGGUUGGCUCAACCGCGUAGUAAUAAUAAUAACUUAAAUUAAAAACAAACAAAAAACAAAACCCACUACUUUCUAGUCAAUAUACACAAAUGAAAAGAAAAAAAAAAUCGAUUGAAUACAUUGAGCAACCGUUUUUUGUUUGUUUGUUUAAUUUUAAAAACUGUAGCCUAAUUGCAAUGCGUUUUAUUAUAAAAAAAAGUUUUAUAGUUUCUUUUAUUUAUUGUUGAUUUUUAUAAGUUUUAUUUUUAAUUUUUAAAUAUUUUAUAAAAAAAAAAUAUGUAUGUGUACCUAUAUUUGUUUUUAUAUUUGUAUUAUUAUUUAGUUAUAUACCUACAAAACAAAAAAACCAAUCAAAUAUUAUUAUUGUUACAAAAUACAAACAAACAAAAAAAAAAACUUAACUAAAUAACAAAAACAAAAAAAUGGACUGACUGCCACAAAAAUGCCAUAAUUUAUAUUACUCUUAAGUUUAAUUUAUUUUUAGAGAAAGUCUCCAUUUGACAUUAUUGUUUUACCCAUAUUUUUUUUAUUUUCUUAUUAUUUUUUUUUUAAUUGUAAAUGCAACUAAUUGUUUGCUGCCAUAUAUAUAAUAUAUAUAGUUGAUAAAUAUAUACAUGCAUAUAUGUGUGUAUUAAAAUUUCAAAAUAAAUUAUUUAUUUUGUUUAAAA